AAUUAUAACAAUUCCCGUUGAUUAAGUCCUCCUAGUACAUAAUUCUUCUUCCUCGACUUUUCCUUUCAGACUUUUCUUACCCAAAUUUAAUACGUGAUGGCGAAAAUGCAUAUAUAAAUAUAAAUAUACAUAUACAUAUAAUAUAUAUAUAUAUACACAUGUUAGCAUACAAAUUUACAAAGGAAAAUUAAGAUAGCCCGUACGAUGAUGAAGCCAUCCGUUUCAAUGCCUCUUCUUCUUCUUCCGUACCUUCUGUUCCUUAUUGCUUUCCAUCCAUGCGCUUCGGAUUCAUCCUACGACGGCCUGCUCCAAUGCCUAUCGAAUCGGACACAGCCUUCCGACCAAAUCUCCAGGAUAGUCUACCAACAGACUAACUCCUCGUUCACCUCCAUCCUCAAUGCCUAUGUCCGCAACCUCCGCUUCAACACCACCUCAACGCCGAAGCCGCUCCUCAUCGUGACUCCACUCCUAGAGUCCCAUGUCUCGGCAGCGGUGGUCUGCGCAAAGACCCUUGGGCUUCACAUCAAGAUAAGGAGCGGGGGCCACGAUUAUGAGGGGCUGUCGUAUGUUUCAGAUGACUCGUUCAUUAUCCUGGACAUGUUCAACUUGAGAUCGAUCGACGUGAACGUCCAAGAUGAGUCCGCAUGGGUCCAGGCUGGGGCCACCCUUGGGGAACUGUACUAUAGGAUCUGGGAGAAGAGCAAGGUCCACGGAUAUCCCGCGGGAAUUUGCCCACUGGUUGGGGUUGGAGGGCACAUAAGCGGCGGAGGUUAUGGUAACAUGCUGCGUAAGUAUGGGCUCUCAGUGGAUAACAUGCUCGAUGCGAGGAUUGUGGAUGCAAAAGGGAGGAUCCUUGAUCGGAGCUCGAUGGGUGAGGACCUCUUUUGGGCCAUUAGGGGUGGGGGUGGAGGUAGCUUUGGUGUCAUAUUGGCCUACAAGGUGAAGCUCGUCCCAGUCCCACAGACGGUCACAGUGUUCCGCGUCGAGAAAUUCCUAGAGGAUAAUGCAACUGACCUUGUCUAUAAGUGGCAGUUGAUAGCACCAUCAACCGAUGUGAACCUGUUCAUGAGGCUAUUGAUCCAGCCAGUGAGUUCUAGGACCCAGAAGGGAGAGAAGACCAUAAGAGCCUCGGUCGUGACCCUCUUCCUUGGUGGGGCCGACCGACUGCUCUCAAUUUUGAGCAAGGACUUCCCGGAGCUGGGCCUGAAGAAAGAGAACUGCAUGGAGAUGAGCUGGAUCGAGUCGGUCUUGUGGUGGGCUGACUUUGACAAUGGGACUGCCCCGAGCGCCCUCCUAAGCCGGGUCCCUGACUCGGUGAAUUUCCUCGAGAGGAAGUCUGACUACGUGCAGAAGCCAAUAUCAAAAGCUAAUCUCGAGUGGCUGUGGAAGAAGAUGAUUGCUGCGGGGAAGACCGGAUUGGUUUUCAAUCCGUAUGGGGGCAGGAUGAACAAGAUAGCCCCCUCGGACAGUCCGUUCCCUCAUCGGGCUGGGAACCUCUACAAGAUCCAGCACUCCAUCAGUUGGACCGAGGAGGGGCCUGACGCCGAGAAAAACUACCUUUCCCAAAUCAGAAGGGUUUACAGCUACAUGACCCCCUUCGUGUCCAAUAACCCAAGGGGUUCCUUCCUUAACUAUAGGGACCUCGACAUUGGGAUUACUUCGGACAGCAAGAACAGCUACGCCGAAGGAGAGGUUUAUGGGGUCAAGUACUUUAAGGGGAAUUUUGACCGAUUGGUGAAGAUUAAAACUGCAGUUGAUCCUACGAAUUUUUUCAGGAAUGAGCAGAGUAUCCCUGUCAAAGCAUAGAGUAUCCGUCGCAGUUAUAUUAUUUAGUUCAGCCAUUGUUUGGGUGGGGCUUUAAUAUAUGCAUCCACUUAAAGGGUUAAUAAUCUUUUAUCUUUCUUUGUCUUUUCCUUUCUUUUCCAAUAAAAGAGUUCCUUUUCGUCUUA